AUGUUAACUCGAUAUGCAUCGAACAAUGCAGCUCUUCGAUGUGUUACAUAUUCUUUACAUAUGCUCAAGCGGCCUCCAUCUUCAUCUUAUCAAGCUAUGUCUUAUGUUCAUUCAUUACAAAAACCAACAAAUACUAUUCCGAUCUCAUCAAUAAAUAAUUCCAUAUUGCAUUUUGAUUCUCGUCCAUUUUCAUUAUCAGUAUCUCGAUUAUCAUCGGUUGUUCAAUUUAAAUUAGCUGAUAUUGGUGAAGGUAUACGUGAAGUUGAAGUUAAAGAAUGGUAUGUUAAAGUCGGUGAUCAAGUUAAACAAUUUGAUAAAAUUUGUGAAGUACAAUCGGAUAAAGCAAAUGUAACAAUAACAUCACGAUAUGAUGGAGCAAUAGUUAAACUUCAUUAUAAUGUCAAUGCAACAGCUAUAGUUGGUGAACCACUUGUUGAUAUUAGACUUCAACAUGGUAUUGAAGUACCAGCUGCAACUCAAUCUGCGCCUGUUAUUCCUGAAGAACCGGUGAAAACUGAAACAUUGAAUAAAAUUCCAUCACCAGAUAUUUUAGCUACGCCUGCUGUUAGACGAAUGGCAAAAGAUUUACAAAUUUCAUUAAAUGAUGUUCAAGGUUCAGGAAAAGAUGGAAGAAUUUUGAAAGAAGAUUUAUUAAAUCAUAAAUCUGCAGCAUCAAAACCUCCUCCAACUGCUUCUCCGCCAUCACCAGCAACUGUUAAAACAGCUCCAACAAUUAAACCUCGUCCAACAACAACAACAGUUGCUGAUCGUAAUGAACCAAUAAAAGGUAUUAAAAAAGCAAUGGUUAAAACCAUGACUCAAGCAAAUACGGUACCACAUUUUACUUAUUGUGAUGAAUAUGAUAUGUCACAAUUAGUUAAAUUACGAAAACAAUUAAAAAAACAAAAUAAAGAUAUUAAAAUAUCUUAUUUACCAUUUAUAAUUAAAGCAUGUUCACAAGCUUUAUUAAAUCAUCCAAUUCUUAAUGCACAUGUCGAUAGUAAAUGUGAAAAUAUAACUUAUAAAGGUUCACAUAAUAUUGGCAUUGCAAUGGAUACAAAAGAUGGUUUAUUAGUACCGAAUAUUAAAAAUGUUCAACAAUUAUCAAUAACUCAAAUUGCAAAUGAACUUAAUCGUCUUCAACAACUUGGAAAAGCAGGAAAACUAUCAACUGAUGAUCUUACAGGUGGAACGUUUUCAUUAUCAAAUAUUGGAGCUAUUGGUGGAACUUAUGCAGUACCUAUUCUUCUUUUACCAGAAGUUGCUAUUUGUGCACUUGGAAAAAUAGUGCGACGAAUCGUUCCCGAUGAAGAAGAUGAUGAAAGCUCUUCAUCAAGUUCAAGUGAUGAUGAAUAUUGCUCAUAUAGUGUUCGUUCAAUGAUGUCGGCUAGUUGGUCUGCUGAUCAUCGUGUUAUCGAUGGUGCUACUAUGGCUCGAUUUUCUAAUGAACUAAAAUAUUUACUUGAAAAUCCACUUCAACUACUUAUUAACCAAUAA